ACCAUGGCACUGCUCAGGCUCCUGGCGCUUUUUGCUCUGCUUAUCUCUGACUUGCACAGUCUGCCCUGGUCUGUAGAUAUCUCUGAGCGCCAGGGCCCAGGCACCAUCCUUCAGUCUUUCUCCUUCAACUGCUCCUCCUACAUGCCCACCUUGGAGUUACUCAGUGUACGACCACCUACCAACUUUUUCAACAAACCCAGCCUGCACAGACAACAGGGAAUCUAUCUGGGAAAGGUGACCUUGAGCAGCUCUGCUCGGUUGGACGCCCUCGCAGUGAACCACUAUGAGCUGCAGCUGCAGUACAAAUGUGGCAACUUUGUGGUAGAAGGCCCACUCUUUGUUCAUGUGCAGCGGGACCUUGGUCAUAUUCAGUGUACUGGUCCAUUUGCCAGCCCAGCUGGAGAAUUCAUUUUUGUGCCAGAGACAGUCACACCUGAAGCCCUGCUGUACAUGCUGCUGCUUCCAGGCCUAGAAGCCCACAGAGCCCAGAUGAACAUUACCAGUGCCCAAGAUCCUCCAUACUUCCCUGGGCCUUUCUCCAUCAAUGAGCAUGGAUUGCUGCGGGCACCACCUCAGGGCCUCAAAGGCCAGGCUCCAAAGGCCUUCCUGCUACAGAUUUUAGUGUCCUUUGGAAAAGGCCAAAGCUGCAAAGGAAUGCUGACAGUGAAGGUUUUGCCUGCUUUCCCCAGCCAGGUCAUCUUCCCACAGAAGGCCCAGAGUAUCACCGUCCCAGAGGAUCUGGCCCCUGGGAGCAAGGUGAUUCAGGUCCAGGCUAGGGGAUUCGACUUGCUCUUUGAAAUCAUCUCCCCAUUCCCCAGUCCACUCUACUCCAUUGGACAAGUUGAUGGGGUGGUCCGGACCACCGCGCCCCUGAAUUGGCCUCGCGCCCAGGGCACAGAAGUCACGAAACUGCAGGUGAAGGCCUUUGAAAAGCUCCGACCUUGGGCCAGUGCUGAGUUCGAUCUCACAGUUAACGUGCAGGUGGUCAACCAGUGGCCCCCACGCUGCAGUCCGGCGCUCCUGGUGACUCAAAUCCCAGAGACUGCACCAGAGGGCACUGUGCUGAACAGACUCACUUGCUUUGAUCCAGACUCUGCCGGCUCCAUGCUCCACUACCAGCUGAGGUUCCACAGCCCUUCCUAUCCUGCCAACCUCCGUCUUCGCGACAGAGCCCUUGAGGUGAACACCACAUUGGAUUGUGAUACUCCUGGGGCCUGCUUCCAGCAUGCAGCUUCCAUCCUGGUGUCUGAUGGUGGUCAGCCCCAGAUGACCACUGAGGUGCCAGUACUGGUGAUGGUGACACCUGUCAAUGAGUUCUCCCCAGCCUGUGCCCCACACACGUUCCGGGUUCGGGAGGAUGCAGGGCCUCACACUCUGCUGGGCUCCGUGGUGGGCACUGAUAUGGAUUACCCACACAACAGUCUUGAGUACUACAUCUCUGGUGGACCCUCCACCUUUGCUGUGGACCAUCUCAGUGGAGAGCUUUACCUCCUGGGGCCUUUGGACUAUGAACAGCAGAGGUUGUAUAGGAUCAUUGUUCUGCUGAUUGAUCACAGCCAAGACUGGGACUUCAACCACCACCGCUCAGGUUCCUGUACCAUAACCAUUGAAGUUGAGGAUGUGAAUGACCAUGCCCCCGAGUGUGAGCCUCCAUUUCAGGAACUUACCACCUACACUCCCCUGGGUCAUAGCGUGGAGGUGACCAAAGUGUCAUGCUGGAUCCCUCAGGAGCCACAGCGCUUGGCUUUCUCCUACAGCAUUGUGGGAGGGAAUAGCCAGAGCCGAUUUACACUGCAAGGGACCGUCCUGGUGCACAAUGACACUAUGUUGGGUUCCCCAUGGUCAGAGAAGCCUGGCACCUAUGAGCUAUUGAUCCAUGUGGCUGAUGCAGGCCCUUCCAUCCCCCACCUCAGCACCACAGCCACCAUCAUUGUGCAUCUAGCUCCUUGGAGGGCCAGCACAGUGGCCACCAGUACCCACAGAACCACAGUGUCCUCAACAAUGACACCCCUGAUUGUGACAGAUGUAGAAGCUUUCUGGCAGCCAGAGCCCUGGUUUAUGGUAGUGAUGACAGUGACUGGUGCCCUUCUCUUCCUGGUUCUGGGCUGGCUCCUCAGCAGGCUUCUCCAGGGGUUGGCUCAGGUGUUUCAGGCACCUAGCAAACCAGCCAGGGCUCUGCUGCUAAACAGCAUUCAGGGAAAUGAAGGCUCCAUUGAAGGGUUCAUUGAGGCACCAAGGAUGGAGAUUUCCCAAACACCUAGCACUCUUAUGAGUAUGCAUUACGAUGGCAGAGCCCAAGAUGUUCGUACAGGCAGAGAAUACCUGUUCAACACAUGCACGGGAGCCCCGCGUUGGCGCUGAGACCAAGCAGCUGCUUCACUACUAUGUGGAAUUCCCUUUUCACAUGAUCAUAGUCGUGUUUUCAAGUUAAUUCAAUAAUAAAAA